AUGCCAAGUCCAUUUAUUCAUAUUGGUUAUGCAUUGGGCCUUGGAACAUUAAUCAUGGUGUCCACAAAAGGAUCUUUCACAGCCGUUCAUUGUCUUUUAUUGGCUUUAAAUGGAUUUAUUGGACCUGAUAUUGGAAAUUUUAUUGCUUGGUGUUUUUCAGUGAGUUCUCCUACGAUAGCUGAUCAAGCCAUGACAUGGAUUCAUCAUAGUAUUGGAUAUGUUCUGAUAAUUGCACCUUUGAUGUCAUUUUUAUCUUCUCGAUUAACACGAAAAAUAAUGAACUGGAAAUACAUAAAAUCAUUCGAUACUGAUCCGUCAAAUGUGAACAGAGAGCAAACAAAUAGAAGUUUAGUGCCUUUAAGUAUGAAAGAUUGUUAUUUAUUAGCAGUUGCUGGAUGCUUAUUACAUUUUCAACUCGAUCAUAUCUUUGAAGAGGAUGGUCAAGAUAACUUCUAUCGGUGGAUUCUAUCAACUGGCUAUUUCAAAAAGCCAAUGCUUUCUUUAUCACCAUUUUCUGUAAUUUAUGUCGGUUUAUCUACUUCGAUAUUAUUUUUUGGAUUUGCUUGGAUUCAUUUAUUUUCUUCUGUUUCUCAAGCGACACUAACGAUUAGACUAAAAUAUACUUCUUUAUUAUUUUUAAUUGUUUGUAGUUUCUAUUUUAGCUUUUUAAUCGUGUCUAAAGUUAUUCUAGAAAAGAAGGCUGUGGUUGGAGAAGAAGCAGAUUUAGGUGUUUUAGUUUUCAUAAUUGGAUUUCAUUUUCUACCUUUUAUUUUGUGUUUACUUUCUACGAGUGGCUGA